GCGUGCAGACUCAUUGUUACUGAGUUUUGCAGCAACGAUGGGAGCGUCUUGUCGAGGCCUUCGUUUGUCAUGUCUUGUCUUGUUGGACAUUGCAUUGAUAGUCCAGGUCCUCACGAUCACCACUCCACUUCCGGGCGAGAUUACUACCAGCAGCAAUGGAAGCAUCACUGCGAUCACCACUCCACUUCCGGGCGGGAAUACUACCAGCAGCAAUGGAAGCAUCACUGCGAUCACCACUCCACUUCCGGGCGAGAUUACUACCAGCAGCAAUGGAAGCAUCGAUGCGAUCACCACUCCACUUCCGGGCGGGAAUACUACCAGCGGCAAUGGAAGCAUCACUGCGAUCACCACUCCACUUCCGGGCGGGAAUACUACCAGCAGCAAUGGAAGCAUCACUGUGAUCACCACAGCUCCUCAUGGCGGGAACGUUUCCAGCAGCAACGGACAUAUCACCGGGACCAGCUCUGACAAUGGUGCCGACCACUACAGGAAUAUCUUCGGGGACAUUCUGACAGACAAACGGCAAACGAAGCACAACCAAAUCAUAUCUUGCAACAAAAUAGGAGCUGUUGUGCACAGUGAAAAGUCCGUGUACCGAGCCUGUGCCAUUACAUAUAGUCAAAUGAUCUGCGCCAAUUCGACUGUGCCAAUGAUAUUGCCCGAAAAAUCUACGUUCUAUAUUCUGAGAAUCUACUUACCUUCAAAUCUUAAGAAUAUUAAGAAGGAUAUUAAUGCGUGCAUCAUGGAUGGCCCCUACAAGGUAAAUGGAACUAGCUCCUUGAAGUACAAUGUCACAGUUUCCAUGCUGUGGAAUGAUGGACGCGCUACAGGGGCAGAAGUACAUUGUUUGGUAAGUGGCACUACCACAGCGACAACCACGCCAACAACUACGACCACCACGCCAACAACCACCACUACGCCAACCACCACCACCACCACGCCAACCACCACCACCACCACGCCAACAACCACCACCACCACGCCAACAACCACCACCACCACGCCAACCACCACCACCACCACCACGCCAACCACCAGCACCACCACGCCAACCACCACCACGCCAACCACCACCACCACCACGCCAACAACCACCACCACCACGCCAACAACCACCACCACCACGCCAACAACCACCACCACCACGCCAACAACCACCACCACCACGCCAACAACCACCACGCCAACAACCACCACCACCACGCCAACAACCACCACCACCACCACGCCAACAACCACCACCACCACGCCAACAACCACCACUACAAAAACGCCAUCCAACGCCACAACUUCGUAUUGUGAUGCCGACAAGAACCCUGAUUACAUUGUUCACAUUGAAACAAAGUGUGGUUCCACUUCUGAAGCUACACCAUCGAUCGUCAUCAGAACGGACCUUCAUUUGUCGGCCAUUGCGGUGUGCUACAAGGACCAAGUGUACAACUUCUCCACUUCAGACACUGUACACUUCCGCCUAAACGCCUCGUACAAUCAAACUGACUACAAAGACAGAUGCGUGUUUUCAAAACGCACAGACACGGAAGUUUACAACCUCAGAAUUGAGGUGUCUUGGGGAGAGAGAUUCAGCCACGUGCACACUUGUAAGAAGGAGUAUCAAAUCACCUGCACCUUUGAAGGCCGUCUCGGCAAGGGGAGUGCGUCCUCCAAGAGUGGCCCGUCACUGAUAGCGGCUCAAGAAAUUCAGUCUCACCAAGGUCAGAAAGGUUCUUCCAACAUUAGUCUGGAUGUCGUAAACGUCCUUGGAAAGCCGAUUCCCGGCCCGAUCCCUUUGGCCAGGAGGGUACAACUGUUGGCUACAGCAAGUGGUACGUCGUCUGAGCUUGGCUUGCGGCCGGUGGCGUGUGACGCCGUCUCGGCCAACGGUCACAGAUACGCUGUUUUGCGAGCUGGUUGUGGUGAUGGGAUCAUUUUUUCGAAAAACCAAGGAUUUAUGACCAGGGGAUUACAAACAUACAGUCCUUUCUUCAAAACAUUUAAAAUUCGCAAGGACAACAGUCUGAAAUUUGAGUGUAACUUCACACUCUGUGCCAGCAGCUGUGACGGGGAUUCUUGCAGCGGUAGGAUUAAGAGAUCAGCGGAGAGCUUCCUACCGGAAGAACCUUCCCCCAUCAUUGAUGUGCAGUCCAGUAACACUCGGGAGUGGCUAGUCUUGCAGCUUGUCUUGCAGCUAGCCUGUAUUGCAUUCUUUGUUAUGGUGAUGUCGCAAAUAGUCAUACUUGUUUUGCUAUUUUCCAAUAGGCGACAAAAAAGAGUUACCAUUUCGAGGCAAUAAAUACUCUCUCGAUUCAAA